AUGCCGGCGAGGAAGCUGGCCCAGAAGGCCAGCGGUCUGCUAAAGGCUCUACGCUCAAAACAAAGCAAUCGCCGCCAUGGCAAAGGACGUACAGAAGCAGACAAGCAGGCGAUAGCUGUCUACAUUGAUCCUGACCACGGACAGGAGCAGGUGCCGCCCCAGAUACCGCAGCCACCAUACGCGUCCACAGCAGGCGCGACAACGUUGGGCAAAAGACGCAGAUACCGCACGCGCAGCAUGGCCCACAACGGUAUCUCGAUCCAUGAGGACGGUCAAGAACGACCAACAUGUCAGCGUGGCUCAAAAUCCAUGUCUACCCCCGUUCCCGAGCUCAACCUGUUCGAACAGGACUCAGACAGCACAGAGAGCGAUGAAGAGGUCGAUGACUCGGUGUUGGAGGACAUGCGAAAACUCGAAGAAAGCUUCACGGGCAUCUCGCAAAAGUAUCGUCUGGUGAACAGAAUUGGUGAAGGCACUUUCUCAACCGUGUACAAGGCUGAGCAAUUGCCCUUCCACGAUGAAGAUGUCGAGAAUGAGCCCACCGACGACGUUGACAGCCAUGACACUCACUCAUCCAAGCGUAGGAAGCUUGGUACCUCAUCACGAACCAAGAUUGUCAGCCGGCAAAAGAAAAGCUAUGUAGCACUGAAGAAGAUCUAUGUCACCUCUUCACCCUAUCGCAUUCUCAAUGAGCUUGAACUGCUACACGAGCUACGCAGAAACAAGCACAUCUGCCCUCUCCUCACGGCUUUCCGUCAUCAGGAUCAGGUCGUCGCUGUUCUACCAUACUUCCGCCACCUAGACUUCCGCAUCUAUUAUCGCGAAUUCAUCGUACACGAUAUUCGCCACUACUUUCACAGCUUACUGAGUGGUCUCGAGCAUGUCCACGAGAUGGGCAUCAUUCACCGGGACAUCAAACCCACCAACUUCCUGUAUGAUGUCAAGAAGAGGAAAGGUGUUCUGGUCGACUUUGGGCUUGCGGAACGCGAAGGCACCGACUGGCAGCACUGUCUUUGCAGAGAAGAGAAAAACAAGCGCAAGGAGCGUUUCAUGGCGUCUUACGGCGUCGAGCAAUUGACGGCCCAUGGUGAGAAGAACCCGCCAGCCUAUCCUAAGCACGAUAGCCGUGCUUCACGCCGGGCCAAUCGAGCCGGUACCCGAGGAUUCCGAGCACCUGAAGUGCUCUUCAAGUGUACAUCUCAAACCACCAAGAUCGACAUCUGGUCGACAGGUGUCAUACUGUUAACCAUCCUGGCGCGUCGUUUUCCUUUCUUCAACAGCUCCGAUGAUGUUGAUGCCACGAUUGAAAUUGCAUCUAUAUUCGGCACCAAGAAAAUGCAAGCAGCAGCAGCGCAGCACGGUCAGAUUUUCGAGACGAACAUUGCCACCAUUGGCGAAAAGGGCUUCUCGUUGGAGAAGAUCAUUCGCUGGGCAAGCUGUCGUGAAAAGGAAGAAAACGCCCUCCAUCUAGGUGAACAGCAAGCCGUUUCAUUCUUGCAGCAUCUACUAGACAUGGAUCCUCACAGACGCUUCUCGGCCAAAGAGGCCCUAGCCCAUGAAUUCUUCACAUAUCCCGUAGAAGAUGAAUUCGAGGAGGCCGAGCGUCGGGCGGUGGAAGAGCUCGAGCCCAGCGAUUACCAACAGGAGGAGAACGAAGAGGAAGAGGAAUGA